GUUGAUGAGAAGGUAAUAUAAAGCAUUUGGGGAGGAUGAGAUUAAUAUAAAUGUUCUAUAGGCUGCAGUUUAAUGUGGUGAGGCUGGGCUGUGUGGAGACUCAGUGAGGGAUCAGUGGAGGCCGGCGGGAGAAGUUCAGAUGGAGUUAACUGUUAAUGGGAGCACCCACACCCAGUGGGUUCUGUCCCAACUCAACCAGCAGAGGCAACUGGGUAAGUUCUGUGAUGUGAUGCUCAGCACCCCGAAUGGUCAAGUGUUCCUGGCCCACAGGAACGUCCUGGCGUGUUUUAGCCAGCUGUUCCAUGACUCUAUCUCAAUCACCUCCACCACCACAACCACCAACACCUCCGCAGCUACACCAUGCAUGGAGGUCAGCCUUCCUCCAGAGUGCACGGAGGACGGCCUGGAGCUGCUGCUGAGCUUCUUCUACACUGGAGAUCUGCAGCUGAACGCUGAGAAUGAGGAAAAGGUUCGAGGAGCCGCCAGCGGACUGUCUGUACCUGAUUCCCUCAUUCCUGGAGGAGGGGCUCCUGGUGUUAAGGCCCCUGAGGGUCCCUGGAGGGUCUGUUCUGGGGACGCUGAUGCUGAAGAUACCAAGCUGGAUCUGAGCUCCAGUGGACACUCCAAGUCUCGACAGAGGGUGAAGAACAAAGUUGAAACCCCAGGAAUAUCAGAACCUGAUGAUUUCCCGAGCAUCAUUUCCACCACGACCACUCGAUCUGGCAGGAAGGUGAAGGGCCCGAGCAGACUGGUGGGGCAGAGCCUGACGCCCGGGCUUCAGAAGACCGUGCACAGGAGGAGGGUACCUGCUCCUGAGGAAAAGGCAGAGGAUGCUGUAUCUGUUACUACUGAAGAAAACCAGAGCAGUUCUCAAAUCUCAAAUGAAGUUGAGGAGGCUCCUGGUGUCCGUCAGAAUGACGACCCUGAGGAAGACGCUGAUGACGGUCUGGACAUUUUCCCCGAGGACACAGAUGAAGAGUAUGUGCCUCACGAUUCGCCCGACACGCCUGUAAACACUCAGAGAGUAAAAACUCCACGUAAAGGCAGAGCCACUAAUAAAGAGAACGGAGAGGAGCAGUGGAAGGGGGUGAAGAAGGGCUCGGUGCAGUGCCCGACCUGCCACAAAACAUUCCUCAGCAAAUACUACCUAAAGGUGCACAACAGACGACACACCGGAGAGAAGCCCUUCAGCUGCUCUAAAUGCGGGAAAUGCUACUACAGAAAAGAGAACUUACAGGAGCACGAGGCCAGAAACUGCCUGAGCAGAAUAGAUACGGUGUUUUCCUGUACAGUGUGCUCUAUGACCUUUAAGAAGAGACAGGAGCUGCGUCUGCACAUGGUCUCACAUACUGGAGAAAUGCCAAAUAAGUGCACUUCAUGCCCUGAGCAGUUCAUGCAGAAGAAAGAUCUCCGGACCCACAUGAUCAAAAUCCACGGAGCUCCUAAACCCCAUGCGUGUCCUCUCUGCCCCAAGUGCUUCCUGUCGCGCACAGAGCUGCGUCUCCACGAGGCGAGCAAACACCGCGGCGAGAAGCUGUUCGUGUGUGAGGAGUGCGGUCACCGAGCGUCCAGCCGAAACGGCCUGCAGAUGCACAUUAAAGCCAUUCACAGGAAUGAGCGUCCGUUCGUGUGUGAGUUCUGCAACCACGCCUUUAGCCAGAAAGCUAAUCUCAACAUGCACCUCCGCACACACACAGGAGAGAAACCCUUCCAGUGUCACCUCUGUGGAAAGACCUUCCGUACUCAAGCGAGUCUAGAUAAACACCACCGUACACACACAGGCGAGCGGCCGUACAGCUGUGAGUUCUGUGAGCAGCGCUUCACUGAGAAAGGGCCUCUGCUGCGUCACAUCGCCAGCAAACACCAGGAGGGACGACCACACGUCUGCCAGAUCUGCAACAAGUCCUUCAAAGCCGUCGAGCAGCUACGAGUUCACGUACGGAGACAUGAAGGCAUGAGGAAGUUCGAGUGCAGAGAAUGUGGCUACAAGUUCACCAGACAGGCUCACCUGCGGCGACACAUGCAGAUCCACAACCGCGUGGAGAACUAUAACCCCCGCCAGCGACGGCUCCGUAACCUGGUUAUAAACGACGAGACGACGCCCGUCGAGCCCAUUGACUUUACCGAGUCCACAGAGUCCAAGAAAGAGGCUGUAGCUGCUGUGCAGGACGGAGCAGCAGCUGGAGACACGGAGCUCCAGCCAGAGGCUCUGGUUCUAACACAGGGAGAAGCAUCUCUCCAGGAGCCUACAGGACCUGAGGGAGACCAGGGCGUGGUUACAGACACAGAGACUGCAGAGUCAAGUGCAGAGCAGCCAGACUUCAGGGAGAUGAAGCACGAGGAGACUGUGGACGAGCAGGACAGGUUCACGGUGGAGGACGUGAUCGAGCACACGGUGCUGGUGAGCGACGCUUUCCCCAUCCAAUCAGAUCUGGAGGUGGAGCUUCAGGGAACUGGGAGUGAUGGGAAGACCUGAGGAAGAGGAGAAUGAGCUAAUAAUGGGAUGGUGUAACGCUUAAAUAUACUAGUGCAUCUCAAAAAAUAUAUAUUAAUUUCAGUAAUUCAGUUCAAAAAUGUCAAAUGUUAUAUAUUAUAUAGAUGUGUUAAACACAGAGUUAUCUAUUUUAGUGUUUAUUUCUUUUAUUUAUGAUGAUUAUGGAUUACAGCCAAUGAAAAAAAAAAAAAAAAUCAGUGUCUCAGAAAAUUAUAAUAUGAUUAUAAUUUUUAUAUAAUUCCUGCUGGAAAAUGAAAUCCGCAUUUCUAUAAAAGUUGUUCUCAGCAGAGGGAAGCUGUAAGAUAUGAAGUUCUGUAAGAUUUUGUGGGAAACAAAACACUGCACUGACUUUAGACUUGAUAAAAAAAAACACAGUGGAUCAACACCAGCAGAUGACAGACAUGACUCUCCAAACCAUCAUGUGAUGUGGAUUUCAUUUUCCAGCAGGACUUGGCACACUGCCCACACUGCCAAAAGUACCAAUUGGUCUUAUAAUAUUCUAAUUUUCUGAGACACUGACUUCUGGGUUUUCAUUGGCUGUAAGUCAUAAUUUAAACAUUUAAAAUACAUACUCCAUGUGUGAUACAUCUAUAUAAUAUACUGUAUAAUUUCACAUUUUGUACUGAAUUACUGAAAAAAAGUAACUUUUCAAUGAUAUUCUAAUUUUUUGAGAUGCACUAGUAUAACCUUUUAAUCCAAUGAUUACCAACUUGGAUGAACUUCCUUUCAACUAUGGCUGAAGAACAUUUCUAUGCUAUAUGUAUUUAAUUAUUUGCUGUAAAUACUGGCAUUAGAGAAAUGAAGAAAAACAGCAUGUCUUUACAUGAAUAUAUGCAUUAAUAUGUAUAAAGUGAGCUGAU